AGUCAGCCUCUAUCAAUAUUAUAUUGUACUACCUUAUUUUAGGCAGGUGCUUUACAAGGUUCUCUUGUUGCUAACAUUUAAUGAUUUUUGGCAUUGCUUCUCUUUUUGGGCAGUUGUCAAUAUCUUGCUGCAUAUCUUGCUGUGUCGGUGGUUAUUUUAAGUGUGGGAUCUUUCUGCAACCUGCUUAGUUCAUUUUCAAUGAGAGGAAUUUGCAUGGUUCUUGAAAAGAAAUUGUGAAUUUCAGAGUAAAAGGUUCAGGAUACAAGCACUCCAAGAGCAGGACAUGGGGCUACAGAAGAAUUAUGAAGAUUUCAAAAGACAAUUACUGGGCAGUGAACAUCAAAAUUCCUCCGAGGAAAAGAAUAAUACUAAGCAUGAGGAUCUGAUUAAAGAAGUUGCUCUCUUGGAGCUGGAAAUUAUGUAUUUGGAGAAGUAUCUUCUUUCAAUGUACCGAAAAACAUUUGCUAAGCGGUUAGAAUCACUGUCCAUAAAGGAUGAAAGCACAAAAACCAAUUCAGCUCCCAAAGAAAGGAAAUUUUCGGAAGUCAAGAAGCACAACAGCAAAACCAAGGAAAAUCCAAUCACUAAUACUAGUCCUUCUCUUCCCCCUUUGACUAAUCCACCAGAAGAGUGUAACGAGACACCGGGAGAUCCAAGCCUAGUUGAUAAUACUGUUGUGAGAUGUCACUCAUCACUGUCUCACACUGCUGCUUCUUUCAAACCUUCACCUCUUGUUGGAGUUCUUGCUGAUGCUGUUGAUUCAUACCAUUCCUUGCCUUUAUCAAUGCUGGAGCAUGCUCAGGUAUCAACUUCAAAUUGGAAAGCGGGGGAACAUUUUGUUAACGGUUCUUCAAAUCAUUUUCAUGAUCCCCCAAACCAGCUGUCUGAAGAAAUGAUUAAGUGUAUUUCAGCCAUAUAUAUUCAGCUUGCCGACCCCCCUUUGUUCAGCUAUGAUUACCCAUUCUCUCCAAUCUCAUUAUCAUCAUCCGCGUUGGAAUCUUUUCCUCAUGGUCAGAAUGAUAUAGGAGCUUUACAAAGUGAAGAAAGUUCUUCUAAUUCAAGACUGAAUAACCCUUUUCACCUUAAAGAGCCAAGAGAAUUUAGUGGAUCUUUUGUCACAACGACUGAAGUGCAAGGACUUUGUCGAGAUAAACGGAGCUUAGAUGGUGUAGAGCGCAUGUUACAACAUUUUAGGUAUCUAGUCUCGAAGUUGAAGGAAGUUGAUCCUAGAAAAAUGAGGCAUGACGAGAAGCUGGCUUUCUGGAUUAAUGUCCACAAUGCACUAGUGAUGCAUGCGUUCUUGGUUUAUGGGAUUCCACGAAGUAAUCUCAAGAGAGUAUCUCAACUUCUCAAGGCUGCUUAUAACAUUGGAGGGAAUACAGUUAGUGUUGAGAUGAUUCAGAGUUCUAUACUAGGAUGUCGAUUGCCCCGUCCAGGUCAGUGGAUUCAAUCAUUGUUCUUUCCAAAACAAAAAUUUAAGGCUGGAGAUGCAAGAAAAGGAUAUGCGAUAGAGCACCCAGACCCUCGCCUACGUUUUGCUCUAUGCUCAGGAUGCCAUUCUGAUGCUCUGCUCCGGUUGUACACGCCCCAGAGAGUGUUCGAGGAGCUUGAAGUGGCUAAAGAGGAGUACCUUCAAACAAAUACAAGGGUACACAAGGAACAAAAACUAGUUCUCCCAAAGAAUGUGGAAUCUUAUGUGAAGGAGGUCGAUUUGUGCCCUUCUGGUUUUAUGGAAAUGAUAGAGCUCGCAUUGCCUGCACAUUUCAUAAAGAAAUAUCAAGGGAGAAUAUGGAAGAAAAUUGAGUGGAUUCCUCACAACUUCACUUUCCGUUACCUAAUUUCGCAUGAAUUGGUUGAGUCUGUCAUAUCCUUCUGAUCGAGUUCUCUGUCAUUGGAUUUGAAUGACAAUCAAUCACAAUAAGUGAAUCUAUAGGAAAAGUUGAUCAGAAGGGUAUGAAGAAUGUAUAUUCAAGAUCCCAUUUUAGCUACCUUAGCUGAAACAGGUUUGAGAGCAACCGGGUGAAAAGAGGCAGAGUUUAGCAGAUGGUUUUUGAGCUGCUGACUGAGAAAUGGCAUAGAUUUAACCCUUGUUACAGGAUCCUUCAGUUGUCUUGACACACUCGUAUCAACAGGCGUGACAUAUACUUCAUGCGGUUUUUCAAGGUACACUAAAACUGGCAUGGACUUGUACCGGAUGCUUAAACACAUGCGUAUCCAAUAUGUUGUACAUAGUCGAUCGAGUCCAUGUAAUAUAAUGUGUGAUUCAACUGUCAUUUUCUCAUUGUAAUGGUUGAGUUUUGAAUAUUCCAUGUGAAACAUCUUUUGGUUUGAGCAGUUGAUCUAGAUGGGACAUGUAUGCGAAAAGCCCAAACGGCAGCAUAUACUGUCAUGGAAGGCAAUAUAUUGAAAAGCCUUAUUCUUCCAGUUUAGUUUCUGUUUGUUCUGUUCUCUGUCAUCCUAUUCUCUCCAUUCUGCACUUUGUCUUAGCACAUGAAAAGGCAGAACAGGUACAUAUAGCCACUGCAGCUGCAGAGCUGAAAUGGGAUGUUAGGUGGGACAAUUUUAAUUUAACUCUUUAGCUAGCCAUGAAGAUUAAGUUGAAUAUAGCAUGACGUCAUAUCAGGUUGUCAUGACGUGUAUGUUACAGUUCUGAAAUGUAAAAUUUUUCUUCUUCUUUA